CAAUAAAAACAAAGCAGGCUAAGUAGCAAUACAGCAGAGUUAGAAAGAUACGCAUUAGAAAUUCAAAAUGCCACAAUCUGAGGGCGGCUAUGUGUCGCUGCCAGCAAUGAAUGGCAAUGGUGGUGGUGCUGGUGGUGGUGGUGCUGGUGGUGGCAGCGUAGCCAUCUAUCAGUCCACCACAGAGCCGCAAUUGCUGGCGAAUGGCAGCGGCAGCGCCACAACGCCCACCUCAAUGUUUGAGAGUGUGAAGCGUGCAAUUGGUCAGGCGAUCAAAUCGACGCCCGGCGACAGCGAGGAGCUGCUGCGCCUGGAGCAGCGACAACCGGUCAUUGUGGCUAGUGGUGUCAGUAUUUAUUUCAGAGACCGUGACAAAACUGGUAAGACACUGAACACCAAGAUGCCAUCAGCACCAACACACACUGCCGAGGAGGCACAUCUGCUGGGCACUAUGCCCGUUGAUCCCAUGGAUGACAUCGAACUGCGCUCGGUGCAGCUGCAAUUCCCAAAUGCACGCGGCUCCAUAUUGGAGGCCUGCGAUCAGCGACGUGUGCCCACAGACAAGGGCGAUGUACAUGUGGCCAUACAGGGUGAUACCUCAAAGCCAGCCAUAGUGACCUAUCAUGAUUUGGGACUCAACUAUGCCACCAGCUUUGCUGGCUUCUUUAAUUAUCCGGUUAUGCGUGGCUUGCUGGAGAACUUCUGUGUCUAUCAUGUAACAGCUCCGGGUCAGGAGGAGGGCGCGCCCACCUUGCCAGAGGACUACGUGUAUCCUACCAUGGAUGAGUUGGCCGCCCAGCUGCUGUUUGUGCUGUCGCAUUUUGGCUUGAAAUCGGUUAUUGGCUUUGGCGUUGGUGCUGGCGCAAAUAUUUUGGCACGCUUCGCCCAUGCACAUCCGGAUAAGGUGGGCGCCUUGUGCUUGAUCAACUGUGUGUCCACACAGUCGGGCUGGAUUGAGUGGGGCUAUCAGAGUUUCAAUGCGCGCUUUUUGCGCACCAAGGGCAUGACACAGGGUGUCAUCGAUUAUCUGAUGUGGCAUCAUUUUGGACGCAAUCCAGAGGAGCGCAAUCACGAUCUGGUGCAAAUGUACAAGCAGCACUUCGAGCGUGGCGUCAAUCCCACUAAUCUGGCGAUGCUAAUCAAUGCCUAUAUACAUCGCAACGAUUUGCACUUGGCGCGCACGCCCCCGGGCACGCCAGGAGCUGAGACCGCCGCCACUACGCUCAAGAUGCCGGUUAUUAAUAUAACGGGCUCGCUGUCGCCGCAUGUGGAUGAUACGGUCACCUUCAAUGGCCGCUUGGAUCCAACAAACUCAUCCUGGAUGAAGAUUUCGGAUUGCGCCAUGGUGCUGGAGGAGCAACCAGCCAAGUUGGCUGAGGCAUUUCGGCUGUUCUUGCAGGGCGAGGGUUAUGCAACGCCGCUGUCUACGCCCGCCAGCUCUCCCUGUGGCACCAAAUAUCACACCUAUUCAUCAAUAUUCUUUGCCAACUUUCGUGAGGAGCAAUUGCAGGCAGCUCAGGAGCGUGAGCGCGAGCGCCAAAGGCAGCUGAGCUUACGCGUUGGCAAUCGACUGCGCGAGACAGCAAUCAAUUGCAGCGACAACAACAAUGCCAACAAUGCGCACACUCCGGAGGAUCUGGAUCUGGCGAAUGGCAACGGCGGAGGCGGCAACGGCAAUCGCGCAUAUGUGACAACCGAUACAUCUGGCACCCUCUACUAUGGCACACAAAGCAACAAGAUACGCAUCACUGAGAAUCCACUGCCCGAGCCUAUAAGCUCUUAGAUUGUUACUCUCUCUCUAUCUAACUCUAAUUCUAUUCUGAACACACACAUACACACUGUUAUUGUUGUUAAAAACUCAAAGUACGUAUAAAAUACCAACACACUCACACACACAGCCUACGCCAAAUACAAAUUCAAAGCCAAGCUUUCAGUGUGAGCAGCGCAGUCGCAGCCUACAAAAAUUUAGAACUUAGCCAGUGUCGUGCUCUAAGCCACCAAUAACAAGAAGAAGCAGCAGCAGCAGCAGCAGCUUAAGCCGUAGUCGCGUUUAAAGCUGUGGCCAUGUUCUGCGCUUCAAUUGUGCGAAAAUUUCUAUAGCCUACUUAGCAGCGCAUUGGCGUUUGCCAAUUGAAUUGCAGAACAUUUGUGUUUAAACCUUUUGUUUCUUAUAUAACUAGUUUAUGUUCUGCAGCAGUAAAAACAAUAUCAGCGUAUAUGAUGUUAUAUUGAAAUAUUUGUAAUUUACACUUUGUGCCUGAGCGUAAAAUAUGCAAAUACACAUAGAUACUUACUUACAAGCAAAACAACCAAAAACAAACAUACAUAUUACUUAUAUAUAUAUCAGCAGCGUCUUAGUUGUGUGUUUUAGUUAAGCAUAUGAAAAUUAUCAAAUUUACAUGAAAUACUUGUACGCAAGCUUUAGUUGGACUUUUUCUUAGACAAUUAUGCAAUAAAAUAAACAA